CUCCUGGCCUUCCGGGCUUGCUUGGUUUCCUCCUUACGUCUUCAGGCUCUUCCUCUCCUGGCCUUCCGGGCUUGCCUGGUCUCCUUCCUUACGUCUUCAGGCUCUUCCUCUCCUGGCCUUCCAGGCUUGCUUGGUUUCCUCCUUAUGUCUUCAGGCUCUUCCUCUCCUGGCCUUCCGGGCUUGCCUGGUCUCCUCCUUACGUCUUCAGGCUCUUCCUCUCCUGGCCUUCCAGGCUUGCUUGGUUUCCUCCUUAUGUCUUCAGGCUCUUCCUCUCCUGGCCUUCCAGGCUUGCUUGGUUUCCUCCUUACGUCUUUAGGCUCUUCCUCUCCUGGCCUUCCGGGCUUGCCUGGUCUCCUCCUUACGUCUUCAGGCUCUUCCUCUCCUGGCCUUCCAGGCUUGCCUGGUCUCCUCCUUACGUCUUCAGGCUCUUCCUCUCCUGGCCUUCCAGGCUUGCCUGGUCUCUUUCGCACAUCAUCAGGCUCUUCCUCUCCUGGCCUUCCAGGCUUGCUUGGUUUCCUCCUUACGUCUUCAGGCUCUUCCUCUCCUGGCCUUCCGGGCUUGCCUGGUCUCCUCCUUACGUCUUCAGGCUCUUCCUCUCCUGGCCUUCCAGGCUUGCCUGGUCUCCUCCUUACGUCGCUUGCUUGCCUGGUCUCCUCCUUACGUCAUCAGGCUCUUCUUCUCCUGGCCUUCCGGGCUUGCCUGGCUUCCUCUUAG